AUGAUUCAACGACUUCAAAACUUGUACUUAACAAAAGUACAAACAACUCUUACAGAACAAUUUCAGUACAAGAAUACUCACGAAAUCCCACGUCUUGAGAAAAUCGUUAUCAACCGUGGAGUAGGAAGUGCAUCUCAGAAUACAAAGUUACUUGAAUCUUUAGCAGACGAAUUAACCAUUUUAGCCGGGCAGCGUCCUAUUGUUAAACGUGCAAAGAAAGCAAUUGCUGGAUUUGGGGUUCGUGAAGAUAUGCCAAUUGGUUUAACAGUGACACUCCGUGGAGAGCGUAUGUAUGCAUUCUACGAUCGUCUUGUAAAUCUUGCACUUCCACGUAUUCGUGACUUCCAAGGUAUUAGUCCAAAAAAUUUUGAUGGACACGGAAACUAUACACUUGGACUUACUGAACAAUUAAUGUUCCCUGAAGUAAGUUAUGAACAGAUUGAUCAAGUUUGUGGUAUGGACAUUUCAAUUGUUACAACUGCAUCAACAGAUCGAGAAGGUCAUGGUUUAUUAAAGGAACUUGGUAUGCCUUUCAAAGCAGGUUCAGUAAACUAA